UCCUGUCAGCUCAGAAUGAUCAGGUAAGAGAAUACUUUGCGCUUGAUGGAGGGAGUCAGAUUCGGGUCUGAAAUGUGUUUUUUGCGUAACCGUGAGAUGGGAUCUCACAAUGGGGCCUGGGCCGUGGGGUACUCACCUUUCCUAAGAGAUGCCAUUUGUUUGGAUUGAGAAUAGGCUGUGACAUGCAGGUGCCCCGGGGGACACGGCUGCGACAGUGGCAGGCGUUAAUGAGCAAGCAUAAGGGGCUGCUCCCAGUGUGCACUCCCUCUGAAACCAUUGCCACCGCCAGCGGCACAGGGAACACAAGGUCCCUUUCUCCAGCUGGAGGCAGCUCAGGCCUCUGUGCUCCCGCUCAGGAGGGGCCGAGACAAUUGUGUGGAGGCCUGGAGCCCACCGUACUCCAGACCAUGCUCAGGACCCUUGGGAUGGUCGCUCUGGUGCUGCUCCACGCUGCAGGCUUGGCCGAAGCCAGCAGCUUCACAGAAAAAGGCCUCUCCUUGUUGAGCUACCAGCUGUGUAACUACCAAGUGACCCAGAAUGUCCAGAAGGUGGUGUCCUUCCAGGCGUCCUCCUCAACCAACACUUCCUGUGGCGGGUGGAUCCCAUGGCAGUGGUGCUCCAAGACCAUUUACAGGACACAGUACCUGGCAGUGGAGGUCCCCAAGACCAGGAAUGUGACCGACUGCUGCCAAGGAUAUGAGCAGCUGGGCCUCUACUGCGUCCUGCCCAUGAACCGGUCCGGAGAGUUUGCAUCAAGGCCUGGCAUCUGCCCAGCAGCAGGAGCAGGACCGUCCACCUCACCCUGCACCCUGGACACUGACUGCCCUGGACUCCAGAAGUGCUGCCGCUGGUCCGGGGGCCACCGCUGCAUGGACCCUGUGCCCCCAGCUCUGGAGAAGAACCCAGCGAAUUUCUGGUACAACGUGACCUUGCUGGUGAAAAUGGACUUCAUGGAGCUCAAUCACGUGGACCCCCAGCUCCUGAACCACAUGAGGCUCCUGCACUCCAUGGUCACUAGUGUUCUGCAGCCCCUGGGCUCCACUGUCCACCACCUACACUCAGCCAGUGGGGAGCCCCUCACCACGGUGUCACAGCUGCUGCUGGGCCUGCCACGGCAGCUGCCUGUGGUCAACGUCUCUGCAGUCCUGGGCGACAUCACACGUCGAGUCUACGAAGUGAUCAACAUUCAAGUGCAAGAUGUAAAUGAAUGCCUCUACGAUGAACUCAACACCUGCUCUGGAAGGGAACGCUGUUUAAACACGGAGGGUUCAUACCAGUGUGUCUGUCCCCAGGAACUCCUGACCUCGUCUCCCCUGAAGCCAAACCGUACAUGUGAAGAUUGUCCUCCGAUCAGGAACUACAUGGUCUUCAAUGUCACGAGCAGCAGUUUUCAAGUGUCUUGGAGUUUAAAUUCUACCCAGAGCCACAUGUUCCACGUCCAGGUUUUUGAGGGCGAGGAGUUAGUCAGAAGUGCCAGGACCAGAGGGACAACCCUGGAGGUGGUGGGGCUGGAGGCCGGAGUGCUGUACGGGGUGAAGACCAGCUACAGAGAGUGUGGGGCUGACGUCACUGCCACACUGACUGUCAGAACAGAUGCCCGGGUAUUUGAAGUCACAAUAAGGAUCACCAAUCGCAACUUCACGGAGCAGCUACUCAACCACAGCAGUGUGGAAUACCAGGACUUUUCUAGACAAUUGCUGCAAGAGGUUGGAAAAUCAUUUCCUCCGGCCGUUUCUGACUUGUACAGACAUGGGAAGCUGCGGGUGGAGAUUGUAUCGCUCCAAGCCGGGAGUGUGGUUGUGAAGCUCAGACUCACUGUGCAAGAUCCCGAGCUUCCGGUGUAUAUUUCCACGCUGACUCCCAUGCUCCCGCCUCUGUUCACGAGUGCAGUGUUCCAAGUUGACCAACAGGGGACGCAAGUGCAAGAUUGGGACGAGUGUGCAGACAGCUGGGAGAACGACUGCUCGGCCGCUGCCCAGUGCCUCAACCUCGAGGGCUCCUACACCUGCCAGUGUCGAACAGCCAGGGACCUCAACCCCUCCCGGGCAGGGCGGGCCUGUGAGGGUGGCCACAAGCUCAACAAGACGUGGAGCUCAGGUGAACUGAGCAUGGAUAAGUGUCUAGAUGUGAAGUCUCUGGAGCCCCAGUCCCGUGAGAUGGAGAGCCGCAUAGAAGGUCUACUGCCUCCCACAACAGGGGUGAUGGCACCAGCUCUCCGGACAGAAGCAUCUACUGAUAGUACCACAGUAGCUGCAGGCAGGUCCACCCUUGGGACCCCUGCUUUGUCACACAGCCCUGCAAACCCAUGGAACAGCACUGCAGUAGACCAGGCCUGGAGCCCUGGACCCCCGCCCAGGGGAGGGGAAGACAGCAGCACAGCUGGGCAGGACAGGAACAGUACAGGGAGUGCAGCAGAGGGGGAAGAACCCAGUGUAGCCCCAGGCCUGGCAACGGAACAGUGGAGGACAGGUGAGGUUGGCACCAGGGGUCCCAGGCCAACCCACGGCUUCCUUCUGGGGGCCACAGAUGCCCCUCUGAACCCCACUGGGCAGUUACUGCAAAACUCAUCUGUGGAGUCCAACUCCUGGCUAGCCCCUACCACGGGCCCCACAGGCCACAUAGCGUGGUACCCCAGCCCCCCAACGCAGGACAUGCUGUCGACACCUCUGAGUACCACGUGGCCAUGGAGCUUGCACCCUGGGCCCUCCAUCUCCCCGGACCUACCAUCGACCCCCAGAUCUGCUUCUCCAAAGACCCCCGCCUGCGUUCCUGUCCCUAUCAAAAGGAUCGUAGUCUCCAACGUGACUGGCACCAGCUUCCACGUGGCAUGGGAGGCAGAUCUCACCAUGUGCCCCACUUUCCAGCUCACCCUGACUUCUAGGCAAAACCUCACCCUAGACCUGGAGACCCAGAACACAAGUGUGACGCUCUCAGGGCUGGAGCCUGGCAUCUUGUACGUGGUUGCGAUAGCAGACAAAGCAUGUGGAAAAGAAAAUGCCAAGGCACACUUAAAAGUGAGGACAGCGGCCCAGAAGCUCAGUGGAAAAGUCCGAAUAGCAAACGUCACGUAUUCAGAAUGCUUCCGCAAUGCCAGCAGCGUGGAGUACCAGGACUUCCUAGAACUCUUCUUUAGGGUGGUGCGGAAUGCCUUACCAGCCCCCACGCUUCAGCUCAUGGAGGAGGGUGGAAUUAAGAUGGAAGUCACCGGUGUCAGCAAUGGCAGCGUCGUGGUGGCAUUCGACCUACUGAUCAUCGCAGACAUGGAUGCCCGGGAGGUGCUGAACACAUUCCUCACCGCCUUACAGAACGUAUCUCUGCUGAAGGUGGUCCAAGGUGACACCUUCAUCCAAGAUUAUGACGAGUGUGAAAGGGGUGAGGACGACUGUGUGCCAGGGACCUCAUGUCUUAACACACUGGGGUCCUUCACCUGCAGCUGCACAGGAGGGGCCCCUGACUUCUGGGUGGAGUAUCCUGGGAGACCUUGCAAAGGUGACUCUCCUGGCAACACAAUUCAGGUCCCUGGGUCCUCUCUGACCCCCGGCCCAGAGCAGCCUUCCACUUCCCCAGAAAGCAGGGCUCCCCUUGUGCAAGGUGCAAGCCCCACGGCCCAGAGCCUAUCCCAACGGAUGAACCUGACGGGGGCAGUCAGGGUGCUCUGUGAGAUCGAGAGGGUGGCCAUCGCCAUCCAGAAGCACUUCCUGCAGCAGGAGUCCAUCCCCGAGUCCUCCUUGUACCUGGGCAAGCCAGCCUGCAACGUGAGCAGCAGCAACAGCACCCACGUGCUCCUGGUGGCUGGCUGGAGCGAGUGCGGGACCACCGUGCAGAGCAAUAUGACGAACACGGUGGUGAGGACCACGCUGCGCAACGACCUGUCCCCAGAGGGCGUCAUCCACUACCUGAAGAUCCUGAGCCCCAUCCACUGCGCCUUUCGAAAUGACCUCCUGACAUCGUCGGGGUACACUCCGCAGUGGGGGGUUUAUACCAUCAUUGAGGACCUCCAUGGAGCUGGAAAUUUUGUCACUGAAAUGCAGUUAUUUAUUGGAGAUUCUCCCAUACCUCAAAAUUAUAGUGUGUCUGCCAGCGAUGACAUCAAGAUCGAAGUGGGGCUCUAUAGACAAAAAAGUGACCUUAAGGUGGUCCUGACGGAGUGCUGGGCAACCCCGUCGAGCAAUGCCAGGGACCCAGUGAUGUUCGGCUUCAUUAACAACAGCUGCCCCAUUCCCAACACAUACACCAGCGUGAUUGAGAACGGGGACUCCAACAAGGCCCAGUUCAAGCUGAAGAUCUUUUCCUUCAUCAACAAUUCUAUCGUCUACCUGCACUGCAGACUUCGUAUCUGCAUGGAAUCACCCGAAGCCACAUGCAAAAUAAAUUGUAAUAACUUCCGGUCACUGAAAAGUAGUGAGACACCUGCCACACAUCUGACAUCCUGGGGGCCCCUCGUUCGGUCUGAAGGUGACUCUGCAGGUGGACGGCCAGGCCUGGGAGUGGGCUAUGUGGUCCUCAUCGUGGUGGCCGUCUUUGCCUUGGUGACAGGCAUAGCUGCCCUACUGAUCUUGCGCUACCAGAGGAUGACUGGGAGAUACAACUUCAAAAUCCAGUCUGACAACUUUAGCUACCAGGUGUUCUACGAAUGAAAGGUCAUAGUCGCACUGAAGGAGGGUAAGGAGCCAGACAGGUAAGAAGGGCUUGUCCGCCACAGCUGCCAGGGAUGAAGGGAGAGCUGGCCCCAGGGAGCUUCUGCAAAGGCAGAUUUGCGUGUGUUAGUGUUUUGUGGGUUGUCACUGGGGAUGCAUCAUCUCCUCCCCAAAAGCAAUGGGGAGCAGCUGAAAAGCAGGAAAUGAUCAAUUAGGGAUGAGCAACAGGGUUCUACCAGCCUACACAACCACGGGCACCCAGCACCAGAGGCGGUGCAGCCGAGGAUGGAGCAAGGCUCCAGGUUCUAGCUCUGCAUCUCCACGCUGGGUGAUCUCAGCAGAGGUUCUGAACCUCUCGGUGCCUUGGUCUCCUCAUCCGUAAAAGGGGGUGGGUGAUAGCAGCACCCACUUCAUGUAGUGGCUGUGAGAACCUAGCAAGAAACUGCAGGAAAGGCACUUACAUGGUGUCUGGCACAUCCUAAAUGUUGAAUAAAUUCAGAUUGUUAUUACUGGUUGUGUCCCCCGACCUGGAAGGCACCAGGGCUCAUCGGUUCUUUC